ACCAAAUGCAACCCCAAACGCAUGAGACACCCGUCUACGAUUAACGUGGUUGUUCCUCGAUCUUACCAGAAUUCAGCGAUCGAUUGAUACUCAGAGGCGUAGAUAUCGGUACACAUAAUUCAUCUACAUACGUAAUUCUACAUAUAGAGUGAAAAUGGCGGAGAAUUCUAGGGUAUUGUUGCCGGUUUUCUUAUUGAUGCUACUAUUGGUGCAAAAGGGUGAAUCUGUAUGGUUGAAUUUACCUAGAUCGGGAAACAAGUGCGUGACGGAGGAAAUCCACAACAACGUCGUCGUCGUCGGCGAUUACGUCGUUAUCUCCGAUGAUCACCUUCAUCCCACUCCGACCAUCUCCGCUAAGGUCACAUCACCUUAUGGAAACAUCCUUCAUCAUAAGGAGAAUAUAACACAUGGUCAAUUUGCGUUCACAUCAAGUGAAGCAGGUCAAUAUGUGACAUGUUUUUGGCCAGAUCACCCUAAUCAAGGUGGUGCCUUGAGUGUUAAUAUUGACUGGAAAAUUGGAGUUGCAGCAAAAGAUUGGGAGAGUGUUGCUAGGAAAGAAAAGAUUGAGGGGGUUGAGCUUGAAUUGAGAAAGCUUGAAGGAGCUGUGGAGGCCAUUCAUGAUAAUUUGCUAUACCUCAAGGGCAGAGAAGCAGAAAUGAGAGGAGUGAGUGAGGCUACAAAUGCCAGGGUGGCAUGGUAUAGUAUCUUUUCAUUGGGUGUUUGCAUUUUGGCUUCUUGUGGACAACUAUGGUACUUAACGCGCUUCUUCCAAAAAAAGAAACUUAUUUAGAUUUUUCUCAACCCUUAUGGUAAUAUUAUGAAGCGGGACUUAAGUUAUAGAAUCAUCGUUCCUUUUUUUUUUUAAUCUUGAUUAUGGUGGAUUCGAGAUUCUUGAUACUAUAUGUAGAGAUAUAUAAAGAUUAUCCUUUUUAUGUGUGAUUUUCAGAUAGUUGGAAUUAGUUUUUAUGAGUUAUGACCACAUUUUUAUGUUUCUUCA